AGGAUGGGAGUGGAGGUGGAGACCAUCUACCCUGGAGACCGCCGCACUUACCCCAAGCGAGGCCAGACCUGCGUGGUGCACUACACGGGGAUCUUUGAAGAUGGCGAAAAGUUUGAUUCCUCCCGUGACAGAAAUAAACCCUUCAAGUUUGUGAUGGGCAAGCAGGAGGUGAUCCGAGGCUGGGAAGAAGGAGUCGCCCAGAUGAGUGUGGGCCAGAGAGCGAAAAUGACCAUCUCUCCAGACUAUGCCUAUGGUCCCACUGGUCACCCAGGUACUAUUCCACCAAAUGCUACUCUCAUCUUUGAUGUGGAACUCAUAAAAUUGGAAUGA